CUUCAGCAUGAGUACUUCUCAGCUGCUGACUUAUGUGGCAAUUUCAGUUUUCUGUGUCUUCAAAGCCGGCUCCCUGGACACCUUUAUUGCAGCUGUAUAUGAGCAUGCAGUGAUAUUGCCUAAUGCCACCUUAACACCAGUGUCCCAUAAAGAGGCAUUGGUAUUAAUGAACCAAAAUUUGGAUCUUUUGGAGAGAGCCAUCAUAUCAGCAGCAAAACAGGGUGCACAUAUUAUCGUGACUCCAGAAGAUGGUAUUUAUGGCUGGAACUUCAGCAGGGAAGCUAUCUACCCAUACUUGGAGGAUAUCCCAGACCCUCAAGUGAACUGGAUCCCUUGUAAUCAUCCCAACAGAUUUGGCUACACCCCAGUGCAACAAAAACUCAGCUGCUUGGCCAAGGAAAAUGGUAUCUACAUUGUGGCAAAUGUUGGGGACAAGAAGCCAUGCAAUGCCAGUGAUCCCCAGUGUCCCUCUGAUGGCCGUUACCAAUACAACACUGAUGUGGUGUUUGAUUCUCAGGGAAAACUGGUGGCACGCUACCAUAAGCAAAAUCUUUUCCUGGGUGAAGAUCAAUUCAAUGUACCCACGAAGCCUGAGGUUGUGACUUUCAACACCUCCUUCGGAAGGUUUGGCAUAUUUACAUGUUUUGAUAUACUCUUCCAUGAUCCUGCUGUGACCCUGGUGAAAGAUUUCUAUGUGGACACCAUACUGUUUCCCACGGCUUGGAUGAAUGUUUUGCCACAUUUGUCAGCUAUUGAAUUCCACUCAGCUUGGGCUAUGGGCAUGGGAGUCAAUUUCCUUGCAUCUAAUAUACAUCAUCCCUCAAAGAAAAUGACAGGAAGUGGCAUCUAUGCACCUGAUUCUCCAAGAGCAUUUCAUUAUGAUAUGAAGACAGAGGAGGGAAAACUCCUCCUCUCACAACUGAAUUCCCACCCAUACCACCCAGUCGUGAACUGGACUUCUUACGCCAGUGGUAUAGAAGCACUCCCAAUGGGAAACCAGGAAUUUAAGGGCAUUGUUUUUUCUGAUGAAUUCACCUUCUUGGAGCUCAAAAGAGUCAUGGGAAAUUACACAGUUUGUCAGAAAGAUCUCUGUUGUCAUUUAAGCUACGAGAUGUCUGAGAAGAGAUCAGAUGAAGUUUAUGCCCUAGGGGUAUUUGAUGGACUACACACUGUUGAAGGGAGCUACUAUUUACAGAUUUGUACUCUGUUGAAGUGUAAAACGAUGGACUUGCACACUUGUGGUGACUCAGUUGAAACUGCUUCCACCAGGUUUGAAAUGUUUUCCCUUAGUGGCACUUUUGGAACCCAGAAUGUCUUUCCUGAGGUGUUGCUGAGUGAAAUUCAGCUUGCACCAGGAGAAUUUCAGGUAUCAAGUGAUGGACGCUUGUUUAGCCUGAAGCCAUUAUCUGGACCUGUCUUGACAGUAACUCUGUUUGGGAGGUUGUAUGAGAAGGACCCAGCAUCAAAUGCUUCAUCAAAUGUCAUGGCACAAGCACUAACAGUAAUGCUUGUAGUUUUAACAACUAUUGUCAUUAAGGUGAGCCCGAAUCCAAUAUGACUCAUAUUCUUAUAAGAAGAUGAGACCACAUGAAAACACAGAAGAAGAUGGCCAUCUUGGAAAAAUACAACCCCGCCAACACUUUGAUCUAAGACUUGUAGUCUCCAGAAUCAUGAGAAAAUAAAUUUCUGUUGUUAGAGCCAGUCUGAGGUACUUUAUUAUGUCAGCCCUAGCAAACUAAUAGAAAUUCCAAUCCCUUCUCUCUCUCCAGUUUCUACCGUAAUCUGAAGCUUGUACAAAAUGGUUAUCUAAUAAGAAUAUCCAGCUGGCUGAGCUCCCCCAGACUCAACUAGAUACUCUUAGAGAAGCAUUGCUGAUGAGUUGGUAAUGAAGCCAUCAGAUCAAUGAAGAUCCUCUGGAAACAGGAAAUCAGAGUCUCAUUGAUGAAAUUAUAUGUUUAACAUGACAUUAAAUGUUCUUUUUAAGUAACAGCAGAAUCUCUUGACAUUGCACAACCUAGUGAAACAAAGAACAUCUUUUAAGUCAAAACAUCUAUUAGCAGAUAAACUAUUUGCAUAGCCCUGAUAUUAGCCUUGCACUGUACAAAACAUAACUUUCUGCAAAGGAGAGCAGAGCACUUGCAAUAAUGAUCCAUGCCAGCAAUACAACAUUUCGAAAUAAACAUUUUUGUGGCAGAUGCUUUUCCUAAAAAAUACUAUAUCGUCCAAUAAAUAUU